UUAGAGUCCUUCGCAUCGGGAGUCCUUUCUGUGCCGGGGACGAUGGCAUGCGGAGUCCUUUUGCACCUGCAAAAACCCUGUUUGGCGCCGGGGACGUUUCCCUCAGCAGUCCUUCCUGCCCUUGACCAGAGGGGGUGGCCUAGAUGGCCACAAGGGCUCCCUCCCGGAGGCUCCACCCCGCCAGCCUCCAGAGACCGAGGAGCGUAGUAAAAAAAACACACCUCCAGUAAGCAACCACCGCCCGGCCUCCCGCGGCAUCCAGCGAGCGCGCGCCGGCUCUCCUCCGGAAGUGGCGGCGGCGGCCCAGCUGACAGGAGGCGGAGGCGGCAAGAUGGCGCUGCGGCCGGCGGGGCUGGGGGCCGGAGCCGCCCCCGCCGGGGUGCCCAGCGUCGCGGCCGGGCCGCCGGGGAUGCCGAACUCAAAGGCGGGCGGCGCCGGAGCAGCCACAGCGGCAACCGCGGGAAGCCCCGGACCCGCCAGCUUUGUUUUCCCUGUAGCUGGUGGCCUUGGCCCUCAAGGGAUGAUUCCAAUGCAACAGCAGCGCUUUUCAAUGGUGCCUGUCAUGCAGCCCAAUAUGCAAGGCAUGAUGGGGAUGAAUUACGGUUCUCAGAUGCCUCCAGGAACGAUAACUGUGCAGGGUGGCAUGCCUCUCGGUGCGAUGCCAACAGCGGGGAUGCCAUAUAUGGGCCAAAGUCCCUUCCUUGGAAUGCGUGCAGCAGCUCCUCAGUACACCCCUGAUAUGCGGAAGCAUUUUGUUGAAGAGCAACAGAAACGGUUUGAACACCAGCAGAAGGUUUUGGAGGAAGAAAGAAAAAGGCGUCAGUUUGAAGAACAGAAGCAAAAGCUACGGCUUUUAAGCAGCGUGAAGCCAAAGAUGGGUGAAAAAAGCCGAGAUGAUGCCCUGGAAGCUAUUAAAGGGAACCUAGACGGGUUUUCCAGAGAUGCUAAACUCCAUCCCACGCCAACUGCUCAUCCCAAAAAUGCAGAUCAUCCCAAACCAUCUCAUUCUACCGUGUCUGUCUCCCAAACUACUGCCUUUCUUGACGACGAGGAGUUUAGUGACUUUAUUCAGGGGCCUGUCGAAACCCCACCAUUCGUGCCUCCAACCUCCUCCCAGCCUUUUCAGUCUUGCCAUCCUGCUUCUCCAGGUGGGCAGCGGCUUUCAGAGAAGGCUGCGGCCCACCCUCUCCCUCCAGGCCAGUUUCCUGUCACCUCCGUCUUCCAGGGUGCCGUGGGACCAGUGCCCUAUUUCUCUCCUUCUCCAGCUUCACAAAACACUCAGAAAACAGGCCGUUUCUUAGAAGACAAGCCGUUGGCACCUGGCGGGUUGAGUGAAUUUGGGCAGACUCAGAUCAAGCUGAAGGCGCCUGAGGUUGAGCUCAGUGCGGCCGCUUCAGCUGUAAACAGCCCUGGUCCCCAGUUAGCAGCCAGUGGCGGGAAGUCCCUAGGGGCGCUUCCCAAGGGAGCCCCCUGUCCAGAGGCAAACAAGGCCUCAGAACAGAAACUGCCAGUUCAAGUGUGCGGCGUUGGAGUUUUUCCUUCCCAGGAUCCAAUCCAGCAAAUGAUGCCUCCGUGGAUUUACAAUGAUAAUUUAAUUCCAGAUCUUUAUAAGAAGAUCCUCGAAACCACCAUGACACCCUCUGGGAUAGAUACUGGCAAACUCUAUCCAAUUCUGAUGUCCUCUGGGCUUCCCCGAGAAACUCUUGGGCAAAUUUGGGCCUUAGCCAAUCGCACCACUCCAGGGAAGCUGACCAAAGAAGAACUCUACACCGUUUUGGCUAUGAUUGCGCUAACUCAGAGAGGCGUGCCGACCAUGAGCCCUGAAGGUUUAAACCAGUUUCCUUCUGCUCCCAUCCCUACCUUAAGUGGGCUUCAGAUGGCCAUCCCUGUCACAGUGAGCCAACAGCCUUUGAUGCCUCCUGGGCCACCGGUUUCCAUGCCUCUUAGUAUAGGACCAACAGUGGUGGGGAUCAGCAUGGCGGUGCCAGUGGGUGGAGCCACCACACAGGCUUCCACCAGUUUCAUCCAACCUUUCCCUGCAAACCAGGUUGCAAAAACAGAUGAUGACGACUUCCAGGAUUUCCAAGAUGCGUCCAAGUCGGGGGGACUUGACGAUACUUUUACAGAUUUUCAAGGGGAAGUGUCUGGAUCAAAGAAAACGUCAGCAGCACAGCAGCGGAGCAGUGUUCCUUCAAUGCUGAUACCUUUUUCGGGCCCCAAAGUGACACCUGCUGUGGAUAAGUAUGCUGUUUUUAAGGGGAUUGCAUCUGACAAGCCUGCUGAAGAUUAUGGAGAUAGAUACAGUGCUUUUCGAGAACUGGAGCACCCAUCGGAGAGUAAAUCUAUAGGCGAGAGCUUUGCCGAUUUCAAGUCCCCGGGAACAGACGACGGCUUCACCGAUUUCAAAACCGCGGACAGCAUCUCUCCACUAGAACCGCCAACAAAGGACAAAGCAUUUCCUUCCUCCUUCUCUUCUCUUUCCAUACAGUCCAAACCACAACCACAAGCAAAGCCCUCUCUGAAUUUGGCAGACCUGGAUCUCUUCUCCUCAGCCUCGACUGGAGAGAGCCAACCUGCUCUCUUUCCAGCCGCGUACAGUUCCCCCAAACCGGCAACUUUUGCUACACCAUCACACACCAUAUCGGCCGCCACCACUCUUCCCGCGCCAGGCAGCGGCUCGUCCCUGGCCAGCGACUUUGCCGACUUCAACCUUUUUGGUGGGUUGUCGAGUUGUCCUUCGGUUACCACUCAGGACGAGUUUGCAGACUUCAUGGCUUUCAACAACAAUUCUCUGGAGCAGCAACUGGAUGAUAAAUACGGGGCCCUCAAGCAAGAGGCCAGCUCGGUCCCCCCAACUGGCUCCUUAGCCGGUGCUGUGAAGAACGGGCAGAGUCCCGUUGCCACUUCCAACAAAUACGACAUCUUCAAGCAGCUGUCUCUGGACAGCCCCGGGUUGGGAUUCGAGGAACUCAAAGACCAUACUCCUUCAUCGGUGAAAAGCGAAGACGACUUUGCCGAUUUCCACUCGAGCAAGUUUUCCUCCAGCUCGGAAAAAUCCCUCGUCGACAAACUGGCCGCUUUCAAGCACACCAAGGAGGACUCCGCUUCGGUCAAGUCUCUUGACCUCCCAUCCAUUGGGGGCAGCAGCGUGGGCAAGGAGGAUUCGGAGGACGCCCUCUCUGUCCAGUUUGACAUGAAACUGUCAGACGUGGGAGGAGACCUUAAGCAUGUCCUGUCUGAUAGCUCCCUGGAUUUGCCAACGGUUAGUGGUCAACAUCCACCAGCAGCAGAUCUGGAGGACUUGAAGUGUGCCCCGUUUGGAACUUACAGCAGUGGCUCUCUUCUGAGUAGCUUCCCAAGCUGCGACUGGUCUGAUAAAGAAGAUGUCUAUCAGAGCAGAAAGUCGUCCCCCUUCUCCCUUCCUGCAGGAAAUGAAGCCUCCUUAGCUACCUCCGUCCUCCAGAAGAAGGAGACCUAUUUCGGCAGCACCGAAAAUAUCACCGUGACCACCAUUUCCAAAGUGACCACCUUUGCGAACGAGGAUGCCCUCCAAGAUGUGAAGUUCUCAUCGUUUGCAAACUUCCAGAGUUCCAGUCCUCAUUCCGUGGACCAAAGCGAGGAUGAAGUUGAAGACUUUGGAGAUUUUGCUCGACCACGGGACGAUGGAAGCGAGAGACCAGCCACAGGCAGAAGUCAAGAGGUUGACUCCGGCCCCGUCUCCUCGGAAGCUGGGAAAGAAGUUUUUGAUGACUUCGGAGAGUUUCAGGGUGAAAAACCAAAGAUCAGCAAAUUUGACUUCUUAUUGGCAACUUCCCAAGGGAAAAUGAAAUCCAGUGAAGAAAUGAUCAAAAGCGAGCUGGCAACCUUUGACCUCUCUGUUCAAGGUUCUCACAAAAGGACUCUAAGUCUGGGCUCCUCACCUCUUCCACCCGUGGAGCAGCCCUUUAGAGAUCGAUCAAACACCCUGAGCGAGAAGCCUUCGCUGCCAGUCAUCCGAGACAAGUACAAAGAUCUUACUGGGGAAGUAGAGGAAAGUGAGAGAUAUGCCUAUGAAUGGCAGAGAUGCUUGGAAAGCGCACUGCAGGUCAUCAAGAAAGCGAAUGACAUCCUGAAUGGAAUCAGCAGCUCUUCUGUAUGUACUGAAGUCAUCCAGUCUGUGCAGGGCAUGGAAUAUUUAUUAGGGGUUGUUGAAGUUUAUCGAGUCACCAAGCGAGUGGAGCUGGGCAUCAAAGCCACCGCCGUCUGCAGUGAGAAACUCCAACUGCUCCUGAAGGAUAUCGAUAAAGUGUGGAACAACCUGAUCGGAUUCAUGUCCCUUGCCGCGUUAACGCCUGACGAAAACUCACUGGAUUUCUCCUCCUGUAUGCUUCGCCCAGGAAUUAAAAAUGCUCAGGAACUGGCUUGUGGGGUAUGCCUCUUAAAUGUAAAUUCAAGGAGCAAGAAAGAAGAAAUGCCCCUGGAAGAGCAUCCUAGAGAAGCCUUCAACUCCGAGACGGACAGCUUCAAACUUGCUUACGGAGGGCAUCAAUACCACGCCAGCUGUGCUAACUUCUGGAUCAAUUGCGUGGAGCCCAAACCUCCAGGCCUUCUGUUGCCCGACCUCCUUUAAGCAGACUGUUCUGGGCCAGCCUUUGGUCUUAAAUUCCCAAAAGGAGGGAGGAAACCAGGCUUCUGAGGAGCCAACGUGAAACGGUGCUGGUGCUUUCGGGCGCUUUGAAAACAUUCAUCCUUCGACUAGCUCACGGGGAAGGGUAAAUGCCACUGGUACAUUUUUAAUCUGCAAGAGCCUCACCUUGGCAAGGAUUUGGCGAUACACCCUAAUAUUUUUUUUGGGGGGGGGGGGGAUUUUGCACUAAGGCACAAAUGCCUUCCUGAGCAGAACUGGACUCAUGCCGCCUUUCGGAUGUGGCAAAGUGCUGUUGUUUUUAUGUCGAAGCGCGUGAUAGUUUCCACAAAGGAGUAACUUGGGUUUCAAACAUUUCCAAGGCCCGAAAGGAUGAGUCCUCCGUUCGCUUUUUAGCAUGCACACCCUUUUGAAAGAACCCCCGUAGUUUUUCCUUCAUUUUCCCCCAAAAAGGAACUUUCCGCUUUGCAGGUUUCCUAAAAUUUUUAUCAUUGCUCGUCCUAAAAGGAUCCCUUUUAAAGAAAUCCCCCCAAAGGGACAUAAACACCUGUACUGACACACCUGUUCAUCCCCAUCUGUACCAAUCUCUCCCCACCCAAUCAAGACCCCCCACACACACCCCCAAGUUAGGUGACAAGAUCCGGUUAUAUUUGACUGAAUGCAAAUUGUCCUUCCAACCUUAAAACUCCUUUUCAGAACUAUUGUUUUUGGGACGCAGGCCAUAGAAGGGUCCUGACACUUUCAAACGAGUUUACAUUUACUAUAACGCGGUCUUUUCAGUUGGCCUCAUGGUUUUACAGCAGAAAAAGUGCAAAUGGGAAAAGUGGAUAGUGGAAUCUUCUACUUCAGGAGUGUGGAACCUUGUCAACUUGAAGACUCCUGGACUUCAACUCCCAGAAUUCCCCAGCCGGCUGGGGAAUUCUGGGAGUUGAAGUUCAGAAGUCUUCAAGUCGAACAAGGUUCGACACCUCCGUUCCAGGUAUAUGCUUUCUUUUUAAUGGCGUUAACACCCUACGGGUUUGUUAGCAGCCAAACAGGAUUGGCAGAGAGUACUCAUCCUGCAAAUGUAUUGUGAUGGAAACUCUUUUGAAGACCCGUCAGAUUGUAGAGGCCUCUUUGCUCCCCUUCUAAGCAGAAGUUGGUAUUUUGAUUGCCACUGAGACAGGACUGUGAUCAAAGAGGGGUAGGAGGAGGGGGGGGACGCGGCUGUUGCAAAACAAAAACACACAGCCUCUUUUUCGCCUUCCCUUUUUUCAGCAGUUUGAACGGAGCCUUUUUUUUUAAAACCUCAGGUUUAACGAUGGUAAUUAUAGCCCUGGACCAUGACUCAUUGCUCCCUGAUUAGAAAUGAGCUCUACAGGUUGUAAAUGCUUUUGAUCCGAGGUGUUGGGCAGAGAUAAACUCUGCAUCUUUCGUCUUCUCUAUUUGACGUGAAGUCAUAGCUGGCGAAACCCGUUCUCUGUCGACCCAAAACGUGCAUCGGCCAAACUCAACGAGUUAAUCUGGCUGCUACCGCAGUUGGCAACUGUGAUGAUUUUCCCCCCCCUAUUCUCUGCUUAGUGGGAGUUUUCUCUGCAGGUGGCUCUGAAAGAGGCCUCCCGCAAUGUCUCAGGAGGACGGCUUUUUUCCCAACGUGAGAAUAGAAUUUGCAGAAACAGCCUCUUGGGCUGGUGCAUGGUGGCCAGAUCUCUCAAGGUGCAGGAGUGUUUUAGGAGACCCCUGGAAUGGGGUGCAAGUCUAGGUAUCCCCAGUGCAGAGCAAAGGCCUGGCAAUCAAAGAUAUCUUCCCCCGUCCCCGCACACACAUAUAUGCACACAGCCCCCACGGGUUAUAAAAACAGGAAAAGUCAAACGAGCAAGUAAGGAAGGCAGGAAGAGAUGGCAGCAUGUGAUUGCAUUCACCCCUGCAAUACUGUUUUUCUUUCCUUCUCUCUCCCUGCUUCUUUCCUUUCUUUCCUUCCUUCCUUUCUUUUUCUUUCUUUCUUUUUCCUUUCCUUCCUUUCUUUUUCUUCCUUUCCUUCCUUCCUUUUCUCUUCCUUUCCUUUUUUCUUGCCUUCCUUUCCUCUUUUCCUACCUUUUCUUCCUUCCUUCCUUCCUUUCUUCCCUCCCUCCCUUUCUUUUUCCUUCCUUUCUUCCCCUUUUUCUUCCUUUCCUUCCUUCCUUUUCUCUUCCUUUCCUUCUUCCUUGCCUUCAUUUCCUCUUUUCCUUUCCUUUCCUUCCUUCCUUCCUCCCUCCCUUCCUUCCUUCCUUCCUUCCUUCCUUCCUGUACUGGCCAUAAGCCGAUCAAGAAUCUCUUUCUCCAGUUCAUUUCCACGUGGUUGGAUAUUUACCAGGCUUGGUUGGAGAUAGAGGUUCUCUAAGCCGCUUGGGCUUUGCAUUCAGGCUACAGGCUUCUCAUUUGGCAUCUGGGCUCCUCCUCCUCCUGCGGUGGCCACAGCCACAGUUCCCAAAGCAAAAAGGACGCCAUCUUUUAUGUCAGGGGUCUCCAACCUUGGUCCCUUUAAGACUUGUGGACUUCUUAAAGGGACCAAGGUUGGAGAGCCCUGUUUUAUGUAAUAAAACCCUCAUUCUCCUUAAGGUCACAUCAUUGAGUUUUGCUUCACCGUGAUAAAUCUCUGCAGAGUAUGAUCAACUUCCCUGUAUGUAGACCAGCGUUCCUCAACCAUGGGAGCUUGAAGACGGGUGGACUUGAUCAUAAACGGGCAGAGUUUUUCUCAAAUAUGACAACUUCAAGCAAGGCUGGCUGGGGAAUUCUGGGAGUUGGAAAUCCACCCAUCUUUAAGCCGCCAAGAUUGCGAGACAUCGACGUAGACCCCAAAUCCCAAGCUUUUCUGCAAAACCUCAAAGCCAAAUCUCUCCUGCCUCCCAAAAUGUCAACCCUCAACGAUGGUGGAACCACAUCGCCGCCACACCCGUUAGCCACCCUUGGAGACCGAAAACAAUAAAGCACGCCUCAGCUGGAAUUGAUCAUCUUUCUAAUCAAAUGUGGUGACUCAGAUUCUUGCUUGGCUCUGUAGGACAGAGAGUCCUCUGAAAUUUCUCGCCACUGAGCCGUCACCCAUCCCGCCCCUUCAAGGCAUCCACGACUACAUCCUGACGGGUUCAGUCAGGUGAUAAAGAUGGGCCUUCAAAACGCUGAGGGAAAUCGGUGACGUGUCUCUUUUGAGUUCAGGGGUUGGCAGAUCUAAGCAGCUUAUUAUUCCAGCCAGGGGGGGG